AUAAAGAAAAAAGAAAGGGGAGAAGAUUCACCAAACCAAAAUCAGACGCUGAUUUGGUAAAAAAAAAAAAAAAGAAAUUUUGGAAACCAAUCUAUACAGAUUUUAUCAAUCAAAAGGUUUCCAAACAAAGCUUACAAUGUUUUUUUUUAUAUAAGAUAUUUUUCAGACUUAAAAACAGCAGAAAUCAUUUCUCUCAGAAGUCACAACCUUCCGCUUCAAACGACAUGAAGAACAGCACUAAAAUCCUGCUCAUAGUUUGCCUUGCCAUUGGCAUCAUUUUCUUGUCUCUUUGCCAGCCUGACCACAUUCCAGGGAUCCAGUAUGAUGUUCGUGUCAUCAACGGCUUCACCAACAACUCAUCCCUCCCUCUAGUUAUUUGGUGUUCCUCCAACGGCGAUGAACUUGGCGGCCGUGCCCUCCAGGAAGGAGACGACUUCAGCUGGAGUCUCAGAACCACCAUCUGGGGCAACACUCAUUUCUUGUGUACCAUGAAAUGGGAUGAAAGGAGGAGACAGUUCGAUGCAUUUAAGGUUCCUAGGGAUAUUACUCGCUGCAGCCUCUUCAGGAAAUGUUCUUGGUUGGUGAGAGAAGAUGGGUUUUAUUUCAGUGAUGAUGAAGUGAAUUGGAAGAAAGAUUUCUCGUGGUUGUAGAGUUUUUGGUGUCCAUGUUUCAGUUUUGAAGCUCAUUGAUGAGCAGAGUAGCUGGCUUGUGGCCAUGCAUGGUAAAGGCUGGUCAGCAAAAUUAUAGUUGGAAGAGGGAACUCAGCUGUAAGACCAACUAAAUCUGGUUUGGUAUUAUUAAUGUUUAUUAUAUUUUCAUGUGUUUUAACGUCAA